UCAGUAUCUUCGUCUCUCUUCCCUUCGAGAUGAGCUUUUGCGCGGGUCAUCCCUUCCAUCAAACUUAGCUAAUCUCUUCUAGCUUCCGUACUGUCGUGUUUAAAACUUCUUCAUCCGUUUAAAUGGUGAUUAGCAGUGGCGUGUUUUUGAGCCGUGCGUGUUACUUGAGACUGCAGCCGCCGAGCCUUGCAAUGCGCAGGAGCUUCUGCGGAGCCACGGCUUGCUCUGUUCCUAUGAACGGGACCAAUAAGAGAAAGUCCGAAAAGGAGAAGGUGAUUGUGAUUUCUGGACCUACCGGCGCCGGAAAAAGCAGACUUGCCAUGGAGCUCGCCAAACGUCUCAAUGGCGAAAUCAUCAGUGCUGACUCCGUUCAGGUGUACAGAGGCCUUGAUAUUGGAUCAGCCAAGCCAUCAGAUAGAGAUAGAAAGGAGGUGCCUCAUCAUCUUAUCGACAUUUUGCACCCCUCUGAAGAAUACUCUGUGGGGCAGUUUUGUAAUGAUGCAAGGCAAGCUACCAAAGAUAUUCUUAGUAGAGGGCGUGUUCCCAUAGUUACUGGUGGCACUGGAUUGUACCUGCGCUGGUUUAUCUAUGGGAAGCCGGAUGUGCCUAAACCUUCUCAAGAAGUCACCGCUGCGGUCCAUGAUAUGCUAGUUAAUUUUGAAACCGAACAUGACUGGGAAGCAGCUGUGGAAAUGGUUGUCAAUGCUGGUGAUCCAAAAGCCUGUUCUCUGCCUCGUAAUGAUUGGUACAGACUACGGCGUAGCCUCGAGAUACUCAAGUCAACUGGAUUACCUCCGUCUUCUUUUCGCAUUCCAUAUGAUUCUUUUCGAGAAAAGUUAAAUCUUCCUGAUGCCGAUGACUUCCUUGAGGACGGUUUAUCUGCUGAUAUCUCUAUCCAAAACAUAGAGACAGAUUUGGAUUAUGACUUCCUUUGUUUUUUCCUGUCAUCCCCACGGGUUGCUCUCUACAGAUCUAUUGAUUUCAGAUGUGAAGACAUGCUUUCAGGACCCAAUGGAGUUUUGUCAGAAGCUAGAUGGCUUCUUGAUAUUGGUCUUCUUCCAAACACAAAUCCUGCAACUCGUGCCAUUGGGUACAGACAGGCAAUGGAAUAUCUAUUAUAUUGCAGUCGAUACGGGGGUGAAAGUUCCCCUAGAGAUUUUCAUGUUUUCUUGAACAGAUUUCAGACAGCAUCCAGAAACUUUGCAAAAAGGCAAAUGACAUGGUUCCGGUGUGAGCCUAUCUACCACUGGCUAAAUGCUUCCAAACCUCUGGAUAUGAUACUUCAAUGCAUUUACGAUGCUUACGAGAAUGAAACAGAGACGUUGGAGAUACCCGAGUCGCUCAGAAUGAGCAAAGACGUAUUAGAUUCUCGAGAAGCUUCUGAACUAAAGCUAUACCGCUCCAGAAACAGGCAAUUCGUAACAAGAGAGGACUGUGCUUCGGUGUUAGAGUGGAUCAGAAGUGAAGGAUGUAAGAGUGAAGUUCCAUGCAUGGAAAGCGCAGUAGUAUAGUCCUCCAAUGCUUCAUUCUUAACCGGAAAAGCCAAAAGUUACCAAAAAACCAAAGCAAAAGAGUUUGUUUUGCGAAUAAAUUUUUACAGAGUAGACAAGAUUUUGGAUAAUGUUUUUGAUUAUACCGUCUAUACAUACGUAUGAAGCAGUUAAACAUU